AUGGCGACAGACAUCACCCAAUAUGACGCACAUGAGCAACCGUCAGAUGAGCUCAGAACAACCUGGAAGUCAUAUUCGAAGACCGAACAUAAGAACUUGCUAAAUCAUCCCGACAUCGAUGAUCCUAGAUCAGAAUCUCAGAGGAAAGAAUAUCGUGUCGCUGGGACAAUGACCGCCGAGCAAAUGACCGACGCCUUUACCCAUAUCCACAAAGGCUCUCUUGAUCUUUCUUCGGUGCAGGACACUCCCAUUUUAUACCACCCCUUAAUACCAGGUCUCCUGAUCGUGCCCAACCUCGUCCCUCCGCCCGUUCAGAAGUCUCUACUGUCUCUCCUGGUCCAUCGUGACCUCAGCAUCCCGCACCACCAAACCAAUAUGCACCUUCACUAUGAACUACCCUAUCGUCAACUUACUCAGCAAGCCGCCGAGGGCAGUGAUCAGCAAGGCCUCUCAUUCUUCUCCUAUCCUCCUGACUCAGCCCCAAUCUUCACACCCAAGGAUCCUUCCGUUCACAAGCCCCUCUCCAUGAAGCAGGUUCUCGACAGACGCCUCCACUGGGUCACUCUAGGAGGCCAAUACGACUGGACCAAUCGCGUCUACCCGGGCCAAGAGCCGCGCGCUUUCCCCUCCGACCUCGCCCGCUUCCUGGAGACACUUUUCCCUGAGACCCGUGCCGAGGCCGCCAUCGUCAAUUUCUACAACCCAGGCGAUACCAUGAUGAUGCACCGCGACGUCAGCGAGGAGUCUUCCAACGGCCUCAUCAGUGUCAGUCUCGGCUGCGACGGCCUCUUCAUGAUUGCCCCCAACGAAACCAUCGACGCUUCAGCUUCGGAGGACAAAGAGGCCCAGAAGGACGGGAGACACGAAGAUGCUACAAAGCAAAAACCUUACCUCCUACUCCGUCUUCGCUCGGGAGACGCCAUCUACAUGACCCAAGACGCUCGUUUUGCCUGGCAUGGCGUCCCCAAGGUUCUCAAGGGGACCUGUCCCGAUUUUCUGCGUGACUGGCCCGCCGAGGAGGAUGGCAGAUACGAGGCUUGGAAGGGUUGGAUGGCAAACAAGAGAGUCAACUUGAAUGUCAGGCAGAUGAAAGACUGA